AUGAAUGACCUACCCACUGCUAUCCCACGAGGAUCGUGGGUGCUCGUUACAGGAGCGAACUGCUACACUGGCAGCCAUGUGGUUAUUGAGCUGCUCAACCGAGGGUUCCACGUGCGCGGAACGGUCAGAAACCUCGAAUACAGCAAAUGGCUUCUUGAGCAUCCUUCAGUCAAGUCAUUUGCUGAUCAGGAGAAAGUGGAAUUGGUUCUUGCCGACACAUCAAAACCAGGAGACUUCGACGAGGCAGUCAAGGGAGUCUCGGCUGUAGUUCAUCUUGGAAACAUUGGGGAGCAAACACCAGAUCCCAAUGUGGCUUUCCCAUCAGCAAUCGAGGCUGCCUUGACUGUUUGUCGAUCUGCCGCCAAGGAACCCACUAUCAAGCGGUUCGUUCUCGCGUCAGGACUUUGGUCAGCGAUAUGGCCAAGACCGGGGGAUUCGUCGACCAUCAAUCAAGAAACGUGGAACGAAGAUUUAGUCAAGAUGGCGAAUUUGCCUCCGCCAUAUGAGUUGACUCGCGUGCUUGUGACCUAUCUUGCUGCCAGGGUCGAUGCGGAAAAGGCGGUAUGGAAAUUUGUUCAAGACGAAAAACUCCCUUGGGUAGUCAAUUCUGUGAGCCCAUGCUGGACGCUAGGCGACCCAUUACAUGCGAGACACUAUGGACCUAUGCCGACUCAGCUGUUGCAGCAAUUGUAUCUCGGGAAGAUUGAAGCGCUCAGAGAGAACACAACAGUUUACUAUACACACGUGUCGGACGUGGCUGUUAUCUACGCCGCUGCCGUUAUCGACCCUGACGUGAAGGGUACUCGCAUCCAAGCUCUGGCAAAACCAUUCAACUGGAACAAUGCGCUAGCAAUUAUGCGCGACGCGUAUCCUGAGGAAGACUUUGAGGAAGACUUCAUUCCUGGAGAUCCUACCUUAUCAUACAAGAUCGAGAACGACAUUGCGCCAGGGCUGCUGCAGAAGUGGGCUGGGAGAGAUUGGAUCACCCUUGAGAAGGGCAUCACGGAAACAAUUGACUUUUCUCGAAAGAUUGGUAAUUUGGACUAA